UCCGGGAUUUUUACCAGGUUUGCGUUGCUAUUCUAUUCUAAUAUUCUCUGUACAUCGUAGGUAAGUAGCAACAAUGCCCGCUUCUGCAGUUUUUGUUCUGGAUUUGAAAGGAAAGGUUCUCAUCUCAAGGAAUUACCGCGGUGAUGCCGAUAUGGAUGUUAUUGAUAAAUUUCUUCCUCUUGUAAUGGACCGUGAGGAUGAAGGCGUAACGUCACCGAUUCUCGUCACUGAAAAAGUCACCUUCGUGUACAUCAAAUAUAACAACCUCUACAUUGUUGCAACAACCAUUAAGAAUGCAAAUGUGACACUCAUUUUCUCUUUUUUGCAUAAGCUUGUUCAAGUCUUUACAGAAUACUUUAAAGAACUGGAAGAGGAGAGUAUUAGAGAUAACUUUGUCGUUAUCUAUGAGUUGCUUGAUGAGUUGAUGGAUUUUGGAUAUCCUCAGACAACAGAGAGCAAGAUUUUACGUCAGUACAUUACUCAAGAAGGUCAUAAACUGGAAGUUGCUCCACGCCCACCACCAGCUGUAACAAACGCUGUGUCAUGGCGAGGAGACAAAAUCAAGUACAGAAAGAAUGAAGUCUUUCUUGAUGUAGUUGAGUCGGUCAACCUUCUGGUGAGUGCUCAGGGUACAGUGCUACGCAGUGAGAUAGUUGGUGCUGUGAAAAUGAAAGUGUACCUCACUGGAAUGCCAGAACUUCGUCUUGGACUUAAUGACAAAGUCUUGUUCGAGUCCACAGGACGGUCAAAAGCGAAAACUGUAGAGCUGGAAGAUGUUAAAUUUCAUCAGUGUGUUAGACUGUCUCGUUUUGAGAAUGACAGGACUAUAUCUUUCAUUCCACCAGAUGGAGAAUUUGAGUUAAUGUCUUACCGUCUUAGUACUCAUGUGAAGCCUCUUAUUUGGAUUGAGUCAGUUAUUGAGAGACAUUCGCACAGCAGAGUUGAGUUCAUGAUCAAGGCUAAGAGUCAGUUCAAGAGGCGUUCCACUGCCAACAAUGUAGAGAUAACCAUACCUGUUCCAAGUGAUGCAGACACACCUCGAUUCAAGACAUCAACUGGAACAGUAAAGUAUGCUCCUGAGAAGUCAGCAGUACUCUGGUUGAUCAAGUCAUUUCCAGGAGGAAGGGAAUUUCUUCUAAGAGCUCACUUUGGCCUUCCAAGUGUUGAAGCAGAAGACAGCGAGGGUCGUCCUCCUAUAUCUGUAAAGUUUGAGAUUCCGUACUUCACUGUGUCUGGGAUCCAGGUGAGAUACCUGAAGAUCAUUGAAAAGCUUGGGUAUCAAUCACUACCGUGGGUGCGAUACAUUACCCAAAAUGGAGACUAUCAGCUGCGGACAACAUGAAUCAGAUAGUUAACUGUGCAUGGCAUGUGGAAUUGUUUAUUGGUUGUACUUGCAGGUUGAUCUCUACUUUUGGUACUAGUUCUUUCAUUUGGCUGGUUGGUCAGUUUGCUGCAUGUGUUGCUUUACUGUUUAUCAUAUAGUACUACAAAGAAAACUACA